AUGUCAGUAAUCGCAGCUGCAAUCCACACAGCAGUGUUUGCCUAUAGUCGUUUCCUUUGUGAAUUACCUACUGAGGAUGUGGUAGACGCUCUAGGUGAUUACAAACCAUCAGAGACACCGAAGGAUGAAAACGAAAAAGUGCUGGAAACCGCUGGCUCGCCGGACCAAAAGGAAUUGGAUUUUGCUUUCGACAACGAGGAGACGGAGGUGCACAUCUCUACACCGCGAAGGCGUGCGCAAGUGGAAGCUGCAAAAGCUGCGGCAGCCGGAAACGUAAGUAUACCAUGGGUGUGCGUGUGUUUCUUUUAG